GUUACGUAAUUUUAAGAACCUCAUGUCCCAUGGAAGGAAAUUUCCCCACAAUUUGACCAAGCCAAUCUCAUCCCAAUAGAUAGAUAAAAGAAAGACAAAAUAAGGGAGUACUAGAAUUAUUAGGUCCCAGAGAGAUAGGAGAUGUUAUUGUUAAUGCCCGCCAACAUCCUCCUUUUUCCACUGCCUAUCUCUUUUUAACCUUAGAUCAGCGAGGGUGAAUCUUGUACAGGUCAGCAUUGAAAAUGGUUUCUGGAUUAAUAAAUGCCAACCCGGUUGUGUAUGAAAAGAAGGAGCGCCGAGUUAGGGGUGCAACAGCUGUUCUGGAUGAAUAUGCAGCUGAACCUAUCGAUCAGCUAGAAAUUUUUGACCAUAUUAGAGAUAUAAAAGAUCCAGAGCAUCCCUAUUCUCUGGAAGAGCUGAAAGUUAUUACUGAAGAUGCCGUUGAGGUGGAUGACGAGCGAAGCUAUGCAAGGGUUACAUUCACGCCUACCGUUGAACAUUGCAGCAUGGCAACUGUUAUUGGAUUAUGCUUGCGUGUGAAGCUUAUGCGAAGUUUGCCUUCCCGUUAUAAGGUCGAUAUUAGAGUAGCACCUGGGACUCAUGCUACGGAAGCUGCAGUAAAUAAGCAGUUGAAUGAUAAAGAACGCGUAGCUGCAGCACUGGAGAACCCUAACCUUGUCGACAUGGUUGACGAAUGCCUUGCUCCAUCUUAUGCAUGAGGAAGCUUAUGGAAGAUUCAGCCUGAUCAAAGGCUUUUUUCCUCAAGCAUGUUAUAUUGCCUGUUAGUGUUGUGAUUGUUUUUAGACCUCUUUUGCUUGGUUUUUAAUUAAUUCAAUAAAAUGUUUAAUCUGCUAUUUUCCCUUUAACUUCUAUGCAGGAGGGUGAUUACACCCAAUUUAAUUCUUUCAAUGAAUAAGCGAUCGAUAUGAAUAUAUAAAUAUAUAAUUAUGCUUAA